AUGAAGGCCGCCCAGGAUCGACAAAAGAGUUAUGCGGACAAGAGACUGCGAGACUUGGAGUUUUUGGCUGGGGAUCAUGUAUGGCUAAGAGUGAUGCCCAUGAAGGGUGUACGCCGAUUUGUGGUGUCGGGGAAGCUUAGUUCUCGCUAUAUUGGGCUAUUUGAGAUUUUAGAACGGGUUGGCACUUUGGCCUAUAGGUUAGCCUUGCCACCGCAGCUAUCCGGCAUUCAUAAUGUUUUUCAUGUGUCUGUGCUGAGGAAGUACGUGCCAGAUCCUCAGCACAUUAUUGACUAUCAAACUAUAGAGGUCGGGGAAGAUGUGGCGUACGAGGAAAUACCUGUCAGUAUCUUGGAACGGAAAGAAAAAGUGUUACGAAACUGA